UUAGGACACUACACACCUUGGUUUGUUGUCCCGAUCGCACACAUGUGCACACAGACACAGACACACACACACCACCUUGACCACCACUUAAAGUAAACAGAUCAAUCCGGUCGGUGCCCUUUUGCCGCUUUGAGACUCCCAUCUCCACCGCAUCACCGCCGCCUUCAACGCAACUGAUUCACCGACGACAACCUUCAUCUUCAAUCGUUACGUUUUGCUGUAAGCAAUUCGAAAAGAUGCCACAAGAUCUUCCUGGGUUCUAUUAUGAUGCCGAAAAGAACCGGUAUUUCCCGCUUAAAUCGCCCAUUCCGGGUUCUUCUUCUUCCAGACCCUCUUCUUCUGCUUCCACCAGUGCUCAAAAACCACCCCCAAUAUCCACUAAGAAACAGGGGAAGCAUGGCAAAGUUGUCAAGAUGGUUCAUGUGAGGGAGUUGUGUGGUAACUCGAUCAUUUCUAAUAAAAAGAAGGUGGACUUUCAACAACAGUACGAAAACAUACGCGCAUCAAAACCAACGAUUUGGAAGUACGAAGGGACGCAGAGGGUUGCUGAUGCUGCAUUGGAACAUGUAUAUGUUAACAUCCAGACUCUAGAUGGAGUUGUUGAAUCAGAGUUGUUACUCACUGGUGGUGUUAAUAGAAACUUUAGUUCCUAUGAAGCUGGAGGUUUCGCAGAACCUGCGGAUAACGGGACGCACUACAUGCCAGAUGUUGUGCAGCCUCUGAACAUAGAAAACCAAACAUCAAUAAAACCACCGAGACUUUGGAAAGCGAUCGGAUCUCGGACUGUAAUGCCUUCAAAUGUAUCCUGUAUAAAGAUACCAAGAAACCAUCAUCACCCUCAAGCAAUUGAUGUUGAUCUAUCAGUUUCACAUGCUAUAAUAACUACUCUGGGAUCUGAAACAUCUGGUGGAUCGAUUUAUUCGGUAAACCUUAGUGAACCAUUUGAGUAUGGUGUGGGGAUUGACAUGCUUAAUGAAAGAAUGGAUAUGAUUUCUUCUACAUCAAAAUCCACAAUUUGGACAGCCGAUUGCGUUUCAAAUGGAAAUCGAACUGUAAUCGGCACCGAUACUGGAGCUGCUUUGGUACAUAUGGAAUCUGAAAGAAGAUCGUGGAUAUUCCGUUCCAAGAGUGAUGUUUUGUCUUUGCAAUUUGAUUGUUCUGGAAAUAUUGUUCUAUGUGGACUUAGAAAUGGAGCUAUAUUGACGGUUGAUACGCGCCAGAAACCCCAAGACUUGCGCGACAAACAUCUUCCUAAACAUCAAAUUCCAUUCCCAUCCAUUAAAGCGAGCCAAUCUUCAAGCGGAAGAAACAAAAAACGAGACAACAAAUGGUUUGAGGUCAGGGGGAACGUCCAUCAUACUCGAUCGAUGUUUAUGCCUUCAUCAGUUUCCUGUUUGGUAGCUCUUAAUCUCUAUGAUCAGUAUUUCUUGGCUAGCUCGAUGGAUGGAACGGUUCGGCUUUAUGAUCACCGUUUGACUCAAAGAGGGGCUGUGCAAAUGUAUGAGGGAAAUUUUAAUUCCCAUACGCGUAUACAGAUGGGCGUGGAUCCAUCCGAGAGAUUCGUCAUGUCAGGAGGAGAGGAUUUCUAUUUGCGGUUGUGGAGGUUAAAGUCAGGUGAAAUGUUAUACGAAGAUAAAUUCAUGAAUUCAGUGCCGUCGGUUUUAUGCUGGCCAAGAGCAGGAGGGGGCUCCAAUAGAAGAGAUUAUUUUCCAGGGGCUUGGUUAGGGUCUAGGGAAGGGCUUUUUUAUGUGAAUACUUCGUAACCCUACAAGCAUUUUUGACGCUUCUAAGCUAACCGUUUGCCCGUUAUAUUGAGAUACUCCCAACUUUUAAAUGGUUUUUGAUUUCUUGUGGACACCUCAGGGGUUUUUAUCAACACUGGAGAUUAUUUGUGAUGGAUGCUCGUUGUUGUGACCUUUAAAUCGACUGAUUUAGACUGAAUUUACGCCAUAUGCUGACUUUGAGAUGAUGUUUUUAGCGAAACUCAACUUGUCGGUGAUAUAAUGUUGUGUUCUUAGUUUUUCUGGUCAUAUGCGAAGACUCUGUGAUUGCAGUAAACAUGAUGUAUACAAUCUAACUUGUCAAUCUACUGAAGUAGCAAUCUGAUAGCCUCCCUUUCGUCUGGAUUGGCCUGUAACCUUUUAUUAAUUAUAUAUAUUUCGUGUGAUA